AUGGCGUCAUGGUCUGAGGGGCAUGGCUCGUGGAUAUUUCGUUUUCAGCCCAAGCCGACGUCCGCGAAACUGAAGAAGGCUGCCAACAUCGUGGAAGCUCACUCUACCGUGACGGCGACAUCAACGGGGCGGGCAGACAUCUCCGUUCACUUCGUUGGUCCUCGGACAAAGUGGGCGUGCAGCGCACUCCUCAAGCGCUUGUUGGACCCGGUCCUCCCAAAAGGCGAGUUCGACAUGAAGUUGGCGCCACUUGUCACCACGGAAGUCCUCGGCAAUGGCGAGGCGGGGGACGUCCUCGUAGUUGCACGUUUGAGGAGGCCGGGCCUGCAGAUAUUCCAGCACAACGGGAGCAUGGUUCUGAAUGGGGUCCACGGUGACGCCGUGUUCAUGCAAGGGGAGCUACAGCGCGACGUCUUGGCCUGGUUGCAAGCCGAUGAGUUCUUCGACACGUCGGCGAAGGACUUGGCGGCCAUGGAGCUGCAGAGUUGGGCGCCUCCGCAGUUGUCUGCCAACAAGACUUGGACGUGCCGCCCAGCUGCGCAACAGGACGGCGCGCAAGCGAAGAAGCGCCUCAACGGCUUGGAGCUGAGGCCGUUCGUGCUUCUUCGGACCACGGCGUGGAGGUUGGCCUUCCUGCGGAAGAACACGGAGCAGUUCGACGCAUUGAAUCAGGCCUUGUAUAGACGCAUGUACCGGCUGGGUACAGACACGGCCAACGCGCGCCACGUAGCCUUGACCUCCGUGGAUGAGCUGUUCAUCUCCGCAGGCCAAGCGUUCAUUACUCAGAGUGACGGUUGGGGGAAAGCCGACGAGUCCGAAGUGUUGAGCGAGGACCCCCACACCGACGGGGCCGCGGGGAUGCUCCACCUUGGCCUCACUUACCGAGGCCAUCGCGUCCUGAAGGCGUGGACACCCAACUCCGAGGGGGCAUUCGCUUUCGAGCAGCGGCCUGGCUCGUUCUACAUGAGUAACACCGCCGCGUUCAAACAUCAAGCUGUUCAUCGAGGGAUAUCUUCCGCCAGCGACGUUUUCCAGCUGGGGAGGCUCAAGCACCUUUCAUGUUCUGUGAUGAUGCGCUCAACAUUUUUCCCGGCGCAGCGCGCCCGCUUGGCGAACAGGAUCCCCAGCCCCGAAAGCGUGUUCAACGCUUGCAGCGACAGCAUCAAGAACUGGUUUCUCGAGCAUGGCAAUACUUUGCUGUUGCCGUCCUUGACAGAUAUCAAAGCGGAGCACGUUGCAAUGCUUGCGGCAACCCGCGGCGCGCGCGACGAGAACGUUUCGCCGGCUGCCGCCGAGGACCUCAAGGUGGAGUCCACGCUGUUCGCGGGCCUCGUCGAGUGCGAACCGCGGACAGCGGUUCAAGUGGGGCACUUCGGUCGCGCAUUUAUCUGCGACUCGUUGCCGGCCUGCGCGUGCUUGCCCAUGGCGGACGAGAGCGCCCCCGCUUAUUGCAGGGAGCGCCCUGAAUGGGUCAACGAGCUUCUCGAUUUCAUCAAGCCCAUGAAGGUCAAUUUUCAUCAGCCGCUCGGCCCCGAUAUGAAGAUCAAGGUGAACAUGCUGAUCAGUAAGAGUAAGAAGCACGACCGCAGCGACUUCACAGCCGAAGUCCCCAUGUCGUUCAUUAACUUUGAGGCAACUGCAAUACCUGGCGUGUGGCCAUUGCAGGGGGCUGUGGCUCGUACGAAGGAGUUCUUCAUGCAGACCACGGACAACGGGGAAGCGCCUCCAUUCCCGCCCCCCGGGGUGAUCAUGGAGAUGGCCAUGUAUCGGGCACCGCUCGAGGAGUCGGACAUGGGUACCUUCCAGAGGCUCAACCUCGACCGGUACUUGUUCGCUUGGAUAUCUGCGUUUCGGGACGCAGCUAAUGCAGCAGGUGUCACCGACAUUUUGACUGCCCCGGCCGUUGAGAGCUGGCGCAGGGUCUUCAACAACGUCCACAUGCAUUUCGCGUUGCUGCGCGGCGACAGCACCGACGCGCAGGCGGACCGCAAGCUCGUCGUGGCCUACCAGCUGAACGAGAACGACGAGAAGGCCGCGGAAGACAUCGGGCACAGUGUCUUGCAGCGUGGCCGGGAACUUGUCCAGCUGAUGGAGCGCGCCAAGGCCACCGGCAGUGGUAAUGCCCAGGAAGUGGCGGACAUGCUCCGCACCAUCAAAUGGGCCAACUCGGAGACCACGAUGGGCGUCAAGAACAUCCGCUUGCACUUGCGCGUUCUGCGUAGGUUGAGCAUGGCCGUGGCGGACCCGGGCAGACCCGCUCACAUGGAGAGCGCAUUGUGGUGGUUCGAGCGCAACGAGGAGAUCUUCGGGAGACGGAAUCCGGCUGUUUCCAUCCAGGAGUCACCGAAAUAUUUGGACGCGUUCUGUGCCGCGCUGCCCGAUCCCAAUUUCCUGCGCGACGCUGCUGAAAACUUGCACAUCGCUCUCCUCCGCGGGCAUUCGCUCCGGGGGGGCAGGUACGUGGCUGAACACGCCCGCGCGCUGGCCUGCAUGAACAAGAUCCCAGCGGCCAUUUUCGCGCGGUUCCCGGCAUGCGAAUCCUUGCUCUCGGCGUUCAAGACGUUCAAGGCAUUCCAUGCGGCCCACCCUGUCGGCCGCAAGCUGGACGGGACGGCGGUGGACGAGAUCGCGGAGCUGCCCAUCCACGCGCAGGAGUCGGUCGAGAAGAUCGUCCAGGAGAUCUUCUGGCCCGUUUUCGAUGGCAAGCGGUACCAGAAUUUGAUGGUCCUGAGCAGCGCGACGUCGCCGCUGCAGGUCGGCUUCAUCAAGGAACUCCUCGCCGAUGUCGAUGCGGCCUACGCCGCGGAGCGACCGGCGCUCACGGGCAAGGUGGGGGGCGGGAGCGGCGGCCAUGGGCCCGACGACCCCGAGGGCGCCGAAGUCGUGGACGAGGCGCCCCUGUCCGAAGACGAGCUGGAGCACCUCCGUCAGCAGCGCAAGGCGCAGCUCAAGGAGGAGACGGGCAAGCUCGCCGAAGAGUUCCUCAGGAGAAACGUCGUCAAGCACCACUACGGGGAACCCCAGUUGCCAGAUAAGGUCAAAGCCCCUGGCUUCAUGCGCGACGGCGUCACCAAGCUCUUCUGGUGGAACUCUGGGCUCGACGCUACGAAGGACCCCCCUAAGUACAGCAGCCCCUACAGGAUGAAAGCGGGCGUCGAUGAUGCACACAUGAAGUUGGCAAUGUCGACCGCGUGCGAGGCUGCUGGCGACGACGACGCGAUCAUCAUGCUGAGCGGCAGGAACAGGUUCAUCCUCGAGAGCAUGAUGAAAGAGCUGCUCAGCUACAAGCCGAAACUGUUCCUGAACGAGCUGCACAUGGAGCCAGACGACGCUGAUGCCAUGAAAAAGCUGCGCGCCUCCAGGUCCCCGGCCGGCUCCGUCGACCUCCGCGAGAGUUACCUGCAGGCCCGCAAGAAGAAGAGGACGGCCAAGGGCGAGGACCGCCGUUUCGUGAAGGGCAACACUGCCUUCAGCACGACGCGCCCCAUCCCUAUGCUCGAGCUUGCGAACAUGACCAAAGUGCCGCCGCAUGAGAGGGAGAAGAUCUUCCGGGGAGUCCAAGCCGACGGCAAGUACGCCGGCAGGAAGACGGAGGCCGGGCUUCACGAGCCCAACGAGGCGGAGGAAGGCGACGACGCGGAGGAAGGCGAUGAUGCGGAGAUCGCGGAUGGCGAGGAGAUCGACGGCAAGGACAACGUGGUGCUCUUCUACAUGGAGUUGCACCCGAACCUCUGCGCCGAGUUCUUGCGGGCCAGCGACGCUGGCGUCCUCAUCGAUUUCUCGCCCGGCGCAGCCAUGAUGAUCAAGACCGCGCUGCUCAUGGGCGCGAAGGCCCUGUUCGUGGCGCUGAACAAGGACCACAUGAACACGAUCAUGAACAUCUUGAUGGCUUUCGUUAAAGACCACAUAGAGGCUGGCACGCAGCGGUUCCUGGGGGCGGAGGGCGAGAAGCGCCUGAAGGACGCCAUGCCCGCAAAGCUUCGCCGCUGGGAAGAGAAGUCGGGGAAGAUCGCAGAGGACGCUGCCGCCGCCAAGAAGCGCGCGGCCGCUGCGGCGGGCUGGGAGACCCAGCUACAGGCCACGGCAGACGGAGAGCCAGUGGCGAAGAGAGCAAAGACAGCGGCAAAGAGGGCAGCGGCGAAGAAGGAUGAGGCGCCAGGUAAGAAAGCCGAGGGCGCAGACACGACGCCGCAGGGCAAGAAACCAGAGGGCGCGGGCAGCACGCCGGCCUCAAAUGCUUCUCCAGCAGUGGGCAGCACGCCGGCCUCAGGGAGCAAGCCCGAAGUUGCUGCGCCCGUGGGCGAUUUGGCGUCCCUUCUCAAGAAGUUUGAUGGGAAGUAG